GGAAGAGACCACCAUCUCACGUUCUCACGCAUGCGCGCAGGUGCAUGCUGGACGAUGUGCCCAUUGCACCUAGAUUCGCCGCUUGCAAUUUCAUGGGCAUAGAUGAUAGAUCGUCCCAGCAACGACCAUCGGCUUUGAGGCAAUAGUUCAGUGAUAGCCUGGUAGGUGAGGACGCGCGGUAAGCACGCACGACAGCGGCAAUGGCGAGCGGCGGCGUGCUGCCAUUGGCAUCGCUGAACCACAUCAGCAUCGUUUGCAGUUCGGUGGAGGAGUCGCUACGCUUCUACAUGAAUGUCCUGGGCUUCAUCCCCAUCCGCCGCCCCGGAUCUUUCAACUUCAACGGCGCAUGGUUAUUUAACUAUGGGAUCGGCAUCCACCUGUUGCAAUGUGAAGAGCCCCAGAGUUUGCCCGGGAAGACGGAGAUCAACCCCAAGGAUAACCACAUCUCAUUCCAGUGCGAGAGCAUGAUGGCGGUGGAGCGGCGGCUCAAGGAGCUGGGCAUCCCGUACAUCCAGCGGUGCGUGGAGGAGGGCGGCAUCUACGUGGACCAGAUCUUCUUCCACGACCCUGACGGCUUCAUGAUCGAGAUCUGCAACUGCGACAACCUCCCGAUCGUCCCGCUUGCCGACCAUACCUUCACCAUGGCCGCCUGCAAGAGGGUCGUCGCCGUCAAGCAACAGCAGAAGCCGCUGGCGGUACAAGCUCCUCCCCUGCAGACGACGGCGACAACCACGGCGGCACAGUGCGUGCCGUCAGCCAACAAGGCGAUGCAGCGUGUGGGCGGCGAGGAGGCGGCACACGUCUCGUGCGCGUGAGAUGGAAGAUGUAGCAUGUGUGUGUGGAUAGCUAACUUUGCCGAAAUGGUGGCGUGCGCAUCGCGGAUGGAGUGGUUCAUUCGUGUCGCGGAUGGGAUAUUAGGAUGUGUGGGUCCCGUGCAUGCGGGUGUCAUGUGCGUGGGGCACCCUGCUAAAAAAUGCAAUAUAUCCAACAUAUUGUAUCA